AUGCGCAUCGCAGCAGCCGAUUCCGAUGCUGCCGUGGACGGCAGCGGCUCCGCAGACGUCGACGGAAGAGACGGGGCUCGGGAGAGGAUGGAGAGGACGGUGCCAAGCGAGCAGCAGGACAGGUCCGACAACCAGCAGCACACGUCCUCCACGCCGUCUGGUGUGCUCGAAAAAUUGUUUGGGAAGCGACUUCUGCUGGCCCGACACUAUAUCAUGUCUCGCAAGUCCUGGUUAAAGAUGGUUCCCACUGAAAACUGCGAUAUCCUGAUGACAUUCCCAGAUACAAUAGAUGACCACACUCUGCUGUGGCUCCUGAAUCAGAUUCGUCUUGGAAUCCCACAAGUCAGUAUCCAGGUCCGAGAGCAUAAACACACCCAGACACAUGCCUUCUUCAUCACCACAACAUUUGAAAAUUUAUUGCAAGGGGCUGAACAGAUGGGCAUGUACAAGACUGUUAAACCACAGUUUGGUGGUGGAAUGCGGCGGUUUUCCUGUGAAGAGGACAACAUUUAUGAGAACAUAGAGAGCGAGCUCUGCUUUUUUACCUCACAGGAACGCCAGAGCAUAAUUAAGUAUUGGCUGGACAAUCUGCGUGCCAAACAGGGAGAGGUGCUUCACAACAUCCACUUUCUGGAAGGACAGCCAAUCAUUCCAGAGCUUGUUGCUCGAGGGGUGAUCAAUCAAAUGUUUCCUCUUCAUGAGCAGAGGAUACUUAACCAGCUGAUGACAUCUUGGGUGCAGGCUGUAUGUGAAAGGCAGCCCCUUGAUGAUAUCUACGACUACUUUGGAGUGAAGAUUGGGAUGUACUUCGCCUGGCUGGGUUUCUACACUAACUCUAUGCUCUACCCUGCUGUUAUUGGCUUUCUGCUCUGGAUAUUAGCAGAAGCUGACCAGACUAGUCAGGAUAUCUGCUGUGUUGUUUUUGCCCUCUUCAACGUUGUGUGGGCAACAUUGUUUUUGGAACGCUGGAAAAGGCGAGAGGCAGAGCUGGCUUACAGGUGGGGGACUUUGGAUACGCCGGCUGAGUCCUUGGAGGAGCCCAGGCCUCAGUUCAGAGGGGUGAAACGCUGCAGCCCUAUAACUGGGUGUGAAGAGUUCUACUACCCUCCCUGGAAGAGAGUUCUGUUCAGAUGGCUGGUCAGCCUGCCCAUCUGCCUCCUCUGCCUCUGUUUUGUCUUCCUAGCUAUGCUUCUUUGUCUGGAAUUGCAGGAAGUGGUUAUGGAAAUUCAGGAGCUUCCCGGUGUUACAAGAUUCAUCCCUAAGAUUCUUCUGGCCAUUACUGUGACUAUAUGUGAUGAAGUAUAUAAAAAAAUUGCCUACUGGCUCAAUGACAUGGAGAACUACAGACUUCAGAGUGCCUAUGAGAACAAUCUCAUCAUAAAGAUGGUUUUUUUUGAAUUCAUCAAUUCUUACCUUAGCCUUUUCUACAUUGGUUUCUAUCUCAAGGACAUGGAGCGACUGAAAGAGAUGCUAGCUACUCUGCUGAUUUUCCGCCAAUUUCUGCAGAAUAUAAAAGAAGUCCUCCAGCCUUAUCUGUAUGAGCAAAACAAGCUGGGUGUCUUUACCCCAAAGGUGCUGUGGGAGCUGGCUCAAGCUAUUAUGCUCAAGUAUGGCCGCUUAGCCCUGGGAAAGGCACAGGCUUCCAUAACAUCGUAUUCCUUCUUGGGUCCCAGAGGAAUCCCGGUUGGUCAGGUUCCAAACUGUGACCCCGAGCCAAAAAGAAGAGGUGAUCUGAAAGCAGGUUUUAGGCUGACAGAGGAAGAGUGGGAUAUGAACGAUUGCGCCCUGAAGCAACGGAAAGUCAGCUUCACAGAAAAGGUGGACUACCAGGAUGUCACAACAGAAACACAGGCAGUUGAUGACAGUUACCUAGAGGACAGCCCCACACUUGUAGAAGACGGGAUGGAUCCAUCCAGUAUUUUUGAUAGUUGUGAUGAGGAUAGUGAUUGUGAAACAUCGGCUCAAGACACAAAGGAAAAGGUGAGUGGGCCAAGAGAAUCUGACUCAGUGUGUCAGAGAAGAAAGAAUAUUGGUGAAGGAAAAGAUGACAAGAAGUCAUGGAUUGAUCCACCAGAGGAAUCCAAAGCAGUAACCCUGACCCAGGCGGAGAUUGAGAGCUGCAUGCAAACAUAUGAGGGAACACUUCAAGACUACCAAGAGAUGUUCAUUCAGUUUGGCUAUGUGGUCCUCUUCUCUUCCGCAUUUCCGCUCGCUGCCAUGUGUGCUCUUAUUAACAACAUUAUUGAGAUACGCAGCGAUGCCCUGAAGCUCUGUACUGGCCUGCAGAGGCCAUUUGGCCAGAGGGUGGAGAACAUUGGGCAAUGGCAGACUGCGAUGGAGGCCAUGGGCUUAAUAGCCAUUAUAGUUAACUGUUACCUGAUUGGUCAGUGUGGGCAGCUCCAGCGUCUGUUUCCCUGGUUGAGUCCUGAGAUGACCAUAAUCUCCAUUGUCUUACUUGAGCACUUUGCAAUCCUGCUAAAGUACGUCAUCCAUGUUGCCAUCCCUGAUAUUCCUGGCUGGGUAGCAGACGAGAUGGCCAAGCUAGAGUAUCGACGAAGGGAAGCUUUCAAGAAGCAUGAGCUGCAGGCCCAGCAACACUUCCAGCAGCAGCUCAGACGGCGACGAGAGGAAGAGGAGAUUCAUCGACAGGCUGAGCUUCAGGCUCAGGAGAAUGACUACCAUAAGGCAGACACCCAACACCAGCACCAUCAUGACAAAGGACAAGGGAACAAGGCAGGGGACAAGCCCAAGAGACCCAGCUCUCUUCUGGGAAACAAUAAUGUGAUGAAAUUGAAACAGAUCAUUCCUCUCCAGGGGAAGUUUUCAUCUAGUAGUUCACGCUCACCAGCACAGUCCCCAACUGGAGGGGAAGCCAAGCUUCCUGGAUUUCUGAAGUUUUUAAAGUCAACAGAGGUUAAAAAAGAGCCAGCAGUGGCAGCAGGAGCAAUGCCGGGAUCAACGGCACUGUCUUCAGUCCCUUCUAGUGGUCAAGAGAGAUCACAGUCUCCAAACAGGACAUUCAGCCCCGGAAAAUUAUUCAGCUUUAGUAAGUCCGAGGGUACAGUGGUGUAUACAAAUGGGACACAGCAACUGACCCAAACUGCUUACACUCAGCCCAGCCGGAUGGAUCCAAACACAACCCCAGAAGAAUUACCCUCUUGUGAGUCUGAUAAAGGUGAAUUGAGACAACAGAAUGACGUUGAAAACCCAAACUCAAAGGCUUUAUAA